GGGUCCCGCACCACUCCGCUCCACACUGCAGCCGGACUUGGGGGCCGAGGCUCGAGAGUGGCGGAGGCCUUAAAGUUAAGGCGUCGGGGAGAGGAGCAGCCGCAGCAGGCGCAGCAGCAGCAGCGUCUCUCCUUCACAUACAUAUAUAUAUUAUUGAGGUGAGUUGCCUCGACUCCUCUCAUAACUACCCCUCCCCUCAAGAAAAAAGAAAAAAAAGAAGGGAACUCCUCCAGGACUUCAGAGAGCUCAACAGUGGAAAAAUAUGGGAGACGACAGGCCAUUUGUGUGCAGUGCCCCAGGCUGUGGACAGAGGUUUACAAAUGAGGACCACCUGGCUGUUCAUAAACUCAAGCAUGAAAUGACACUGAAAUUUGGUCCUGCCAGAACAGAUUCCGUCAUAAUAGCAGAUCAGACGCCAACACCAACCCGUUUUCUGAAGAAUUGUGAGGAAGUUGGGCUCUUCAAUGAACUGGCAAGUUCCUUUGAGCAUGAGAAAGCAACAGAAGAUGAUGAGAAAAAGUGUUCUGGACCUCUGGAUAUGUCUCUCCCCUCUACUCCAGAUGUCAAAAUAAAAGAGGAAGAGCCAGUUGAGGUGGAUUCUUCCCCUCCAGACAGUCCAGUAACAAGUCCACGGUCACCACAGGCCAAGGAGAAGGAGAUCACUUCAAAGCCUGUUAUCAUUUCUACACCGACUCCAACCAUUGUACGUCCUGGGUCACUGCCACUGCACUUAGGAUAUGAUCCUAUCCAUCCUACGCUCCCUUCCCCUACCUCUGUCAUCACCCAGGCUCCACCUUCCAACAGACAGCUUGGGUCUCCAACCAGCUCUAUACCACUUGUCAUGCACCUUGUGAAUGGGCAAACCAUGCCUGUCCUUCCUGGCCCUCCCGUUCAGAUGCCUUCUGUCAUAUCGCUAGCAAGGCCUGUGUCUGUGGUGCCAAACAUUCCUGGUAUUCCUGGUCCUCCAAUUAUUAGCAGUGGCUCCAUUUCACCAUCAGGCCUUCCAGUGCACUCAGAAGCCAAAAUGAGACUCAAAGCCAGCCUGACACAGGGAGUGACUUCCUCACUAAAUGGCAACAGCAUGGUGGUGGGUUCUGCAAGCACCAUGGUGACAUCCCAUCCAGAACAGGGUCAAAUACUCAUCCAGCAUCCUGAUGCACCUUCCCCUGCCCAGCCACAGGUUUCCCCAGCACAGCCCACUCCAAGUACAGGAGGCAGACGGAGACGCACAAUGGAUGAGGACCCCGAUGAACGAAGACAGCGUUUCUUGGAACGGAACCGUGCUGCAGCCUCCCGCUGCCGCCAAAAGCGCAAGCUGUGGGUAUCAUCCCUGGAGAAGAAGGCAGAGGAGCUCACAACACAGAACAUCCAACUAAGUAAUGAAGUCACACUACUAAGGAAUGAAGUUGCUCAACUCAAACAGCUAUUGUUGGCUCACAAGGACUGCCCAGUCACUGCAUUACAGAAAAAAACACAAGGUUAUCUUGAAAGCCCAAAGGAGAGCUCUGAGCCUACAGGUUCCCCAGCUCCUGUCAUCCAGCACAGUUCUGUGACUGCUUCUCCCAAUGGGAUGAACGUCCGCUCUGCCGCCGAAGCCGUCGCCACUUCAGUCCUCACUCAGAUGGCAAGCCAAAGGACAGAACUGAACAUGCCUGUACAGUCACAUGUCAUUAUGGCUCCGCAGUCGCAGUCUGCUGGCAGAUGAUGCCACAAGCCAUCUGACAUAGAACUAACCAACCAGGACUUGCAGCCGAAGAGACUGAAUGCAACUAAGCCCCUUGAGCAGUAUGGGGUGGAUACAUUUUUUCUGUUUUUUGUUUCUUUCUUCACCCCUUCCCUUUUUUUCUCUCUCUCAAAAGUGAGUUAAGGGCAGCUAUGGAGCUUCUAACAAAGUAUAUCCCAAUCUUGGUUCAAAGCAGUUGCUAUACUGCUGUCCUGGUUCAAAAGGAUGGCUUCAGAGGGAGCAGCUUCACCAUCCCUUAGGGAUGAUCACUCAUAGUAUAAAACCCCAUAUCUUGCUCAGUGUGGUCUUAAAUGGUUACUAUUCAGGUAUAGGUCAUGCUAACACUAAGCCUUCCUGCAAUAUGGUUAUCCAUGGUGCUCUGUGGAGUUGGCUACUUUAGUAAACGAAAGCAAGUUAUUAGAGAAGCUGUGACAUUUUAUGGUGCUGCCCAUUUAAAAGACAAAAUGUGCCCUCACUGCUUUCAGGCAUCUCUGGUGUUCCCCUCACCGCUGUAGUUGGCCUUCGAUUCUGCACUUUCAUACAGACCGCCAGCUCAAGACUCUGAAGAUGGUAAGCUCCAUACCUUUGUAGGUUUUCCCUUCCCAACCCCCAGUUCCCCAAAUUGUUUUGUGAAUCCAGUAAAGAACGUCACUCUUAGUUGCUGUGAUCAGUGGGUGGGUGUUUGUAUUCUCAAUGAUGCAAAUGAUGACUGCUUAUGUGUAUCUCAGUUGGCAUUGUCUGUGGCUGUGCCCAAUAUCAGGGAUGAGGUAGUAUUCUCAGUCAUCUUCUUUCUAUAAAGUUAAUAGCCCUUUUGGCUGUGGAAUGAGCCAUCAUAACAGAUGUAUGUGGCAUUUUAGAUAUUAGCAGUUGGGGUCAGGCUAGCCAUUUCAGGUGGUCAAAAUGCAGGGUUUGUGCACUCUCUGCACUUUCUUGCCUCUUCCCCCUCUCCUUUUCUAGCUGAAGCAGAAUAAAUAAUGUUAUGUGAUUGUGUGUAUCUGCAGAAUAUACAGCAACCUAACUGAUCAGGAUAGGGUCACACUGAGCUUAUAGGGCCAUCCUUGGCUAGGCACUCAGCUGCAGUGUGUGAAUCAUACAGAGCUGAGCUUGGACAAUGUAGGAAUGAUGCUGCUGCUGCUGCUAUUGCUGCUGCUGCAGAAAGACAGCCUCCAUAAGUCUCUGUUAAGUCAUAGAUUUGUUAGACCAUGAACCCCUUUUAAUCUCUGUACAUUUCAAAGGAUCACCUGUUGCAUUUCAAUCCAGUGAGCUCAUUAAGACUGCAGCUUUAAAUCAUAGGCUGUCUAUUUUGAGGACAAGAAGACCAGAAGGGCAUUCCAGCCUGUCUUCACUCUUUCCUCUCUCCCCCCCCCCCGAAAAUCUUUUCCUCCAAUUCUUUUUUUGGGGGGUAAUGAAGGCCCCUGCAUCCUCUGCUUCCAUCCACUCCUUUUUGAGAAAACGUGGGGACACACACACACACACACACACACACACACACACCAGUUUCAGUCUCAGAAGGUGGAUUCCAGCAUAACAAAACACCAUGGCAUUUUAAAAGCUCUUGGAAUUGUCUCUUUCCCUUCUCUCUGCUUAUUGCCAAAGCUCACACAUGUUUGCAUUUUCCUUAGGUUGGCCUUGAUCUCUCGCUAGCUGGUAACUGCCAGUUUUUAGCUUCAGGCUUGAGUGGGGAGGGAAGGUACAAUGAGGUGACUGGGGACAGCCUGCUAGCAUACAAGCCCACAGAAUGCCAACUCUUCCUCUGUUUUGUCUUGAAUAUGUUUCUCUUCCUCCUCCAUUUGAAGCAUUUUCUUCCUUGAAAUAUCUCUACAGUCUUUUGCUGCCAAACCAUAUGAGAUCCAUCAUUAUUUACUUUAUCUGGUGAUGUUGGCUGUUUUCACCCUCUAGAAUACAUACUAAUCUAUUCAGGGCCUACUGCAGGAGUUGGGCAUGUCAAAAUUUGUGGAGAAUUUCCUCCUUAGGCAAGCUGUCUUAUUAUCCUUGUCACCAUUCUAACAUUACAGGGCCUGUAAUGUCAGAAUUGCAUUGUUUCUUGACCUGUUUCCUUACUUCUGUUCUAUUCUUCUGUGACUUGAAAGAAAACAAAACAAAAUUCUCUUGGGUUCCUUUUCCUUCCCCUUUUGUUUAAAAGCAGCAAGGAACUCUCUUCUAAAUGUCCACAGACUUCCUUGAGCAGGCAUUUCAGACAUCCUGUCACUUGUCUUCCCUCUCCAACACCCUUCCCCAUCCUUACUUGAUACACCAAAAAUGCACAUUGGCAAGGGCUUUGAAAUAUAACUUGUCCCAACAGGGUAUCUGUUUCCUUAGUGACAGCGCUGAUAACAACACUCAGCAGGUGCAACCAGGAGCCACUGAGGAUAAUAGAACAGGAAAGGAGCUGGCAGAAUAGCUGGAGAAUAGACUGCUCUGUGUGUGUGUGUGUGUGUGUGCGCGCGCACACACACAUACGUAUGUAUAUGUACCUUUCAAAGUGGAUUACUACCAUUUUUUAAAUAAAUAAGGUUUCUCUAUCCUUGCACAGUUUGAUGAAUGCCACAAAAGUUCAGAGAGAUACUCUGGGGGAAGACAGGGAUUGAGUCAGAAUUCUCAGCUGAUACCUGAUCUCCAGUUGACAACCAAUACCUUAUUAUGAGCAAGGAUAUAGAAUACAUAGCAGUGCUAUAGCCUGUGUGACCCUUAACUUGGUUUGGUAUGCAAUGGGGCAUCAGGAACAGCACAUUUUUGUCUCGAGAUGGUUCCCCCCCCCAUGGUGCAAGAUUCCCUCAUUCCUUCUUUUGUAGUUGAUGAACAGAGGAGAGUGGAGUAAAGGGCAUGGGAAGGUGGCUGGAAGAGAGUGUGGAAGUCUGGGUUUAAGAGUCCUAGGAGUCUGCAUUUCUUCCAUUCCUCUACCUGAUACUGGAGGUGUCCUGGAUAGGGAAAUAUGCCCUUGUGCCAUGGCCUGCCUCUUAAUCAGAUCAUAGCUGGUUGAAUGUCAUUAUAGGCCUGGCCCAAGAACAACCUUUCCCAGUGUGGUGUCUUCCACUUGUGCUGGAUCACAACUGGCCAUUAUGGCUGCUAUUCAUGAAAGCUUUAGUCUCAUACUGCUAGAAAGCACCAGUAUUAGGAAGGUUGCAUGAGUGUGCAGAAUUGUGAGUUAGAUGUGACCUCUGUCACUUUGGGGUGUAUUGCCUGUGCUUCCUUCCUGUGGUUCACUAGGACUGUCACAGUUGUAAUUUCCACUUGCCCCAUUGGCUUACUUUAAUGUUCUACAUGCAUACAUGUGCAGUAUAACCACUGGGACUGGGUUUCAAAAUAGGAUUUGUAAACUGCAGAAAAAUGUGGUGGCAUGAGAGUAUAGUUGGCAGGAAAACAGAGGUUCUGCAGCUGCCAGUGUUAGAAGUACGGUUGGGCUGGUGCAGUCAACAAGCUGCCUUUGAGAUGUGUCUGUGGAGGUGUUGUAGGCCCAAACUGAAUCUUUGUGAAAGUGUUCUUUAUCCUUUUUGUAGACCAGUAUAUGCCCCAACCUUUUUAAUAGCAUAUCUUGAGUUCCUGAGCAUACAGUAUAUGCAUACUCUGGUUGGGACAGAUUUUUCAUGCAAACCCAAGCAAAGACUUUCCACUGACAGAACUUGGAAAAGUUAUUUUUUGUACUUCUUCUUCUUCUCUUGGCUUUACUUCGUAAACGAAGAUUCAGGAAGGACUCAUCCGUGCUUUCUACAAGCGUAUUGAUGACGUUGGAUGUA